UCGGUGUGGACUUGUGGCAGAGCGGCAGACCGCGCACUGCCAACUCCAGUGCUGCUCUCGCCUUCCUGUUGUUUUAGUGGCAUAGUUUACAGGGCAUCCAAGAAGGAAACCUGUCAUGAUUCAGCUGCCGAGUUAGAAGCCUAAUACUGAACUGCAGCUGAGAAAGUGUACCCCAAACCGUCAAUGACAGCCACGAAGGAGCAGCCUAACAUGGGGAGGGGACACCAGCAACAACAAGACCAGGAAAUAGGAAGUUCCAGCCCUCCACAAAGAAACUGGAAAGGGAUAGCCAUUGCAUUGCUGGUGAUCCUUGCUGUCUGCUCUCUCAUCACCAUCUCAGUCAUCCUUUUAACUCCAGAUGAUACUUCGAAAACAGCAGAUGCACGUCUGUCCCUGGAUGACCUGUUCAGGAUGGAGUUCGCUGUUCAUGACCCAGAAGUGAAAUGGAUCAAUGAUGCUGAAGUGGUAUAUCGGACCAGAGAUUGGCAUGUGAUCAAAUUUAAUAUAGUGACAAAUGACACAGUGUUACUGCAAAACAGCAUUUUUGAGACGUUCAAAGCAACCAAAUACUUUGUGUCCCCGGACCUCAGAUUUGUUCUGCUUGCUUAUGAUGUCAAACAGGUUUACCACUAUUCUUACACUGCCUCAUAUGCUAUUUAUGAUAUACAUACCAGGGAAGUGAGGGAACUGAAUCCUCCAGAGGUGGCAAAUUCUGUACUACAGCAUGCAGCAUGGGGCAUAGUGGGGCAGCAACUGGUUUAUAUUUUUGAAAAUAAUAUCUACUACCAGACUGAUGUAAAGAACAGUGCUUUACGUCUUACUUCAUCGGGGAAAGAGGGAAUAAUCUACAAUGGCAUUGCAGACUGGUUAUAUGAAGAAGAGCUGCUGAGAACUCAUGUUGCCCACUGGUGGUCCCCAAAUGGAGAGCGAUUGGCAUUCUUGACUAUCAAUGAUUCUUUAGUACCCAACAUGCUGCUCCCCCAGUUCACCGGCAAUCUGUACCCAAAAGGAAAGCUGUACCCAUAUCCCAAGGCAGGCCAAGUCAACCCAACAGUCAAGCUGUAUGUAGUGAAUCUUUAUGGACCAACACAUACCCUGGAACUCAUGCCACCAGAGAACUUCAAAUCCAAGGAAUAUUAUAUCACAAUGGUAAAGUGGGUCAGCAACACAAAGACUGUGGUAAACUGGCUGAACAGACCUCAGAAUAUUUCCAUUCUUACCACAUGUGAAAUUACAACUGGUGCAUGUUCUAAGAAACAUGAAGCAGUGUCUCAUCUCUGGCUUUCUAAGCAGGAUGAGAAGCCAAUAUUCUCAAAGGAUGGCAGUAAAUUCUUUAUGACUGUACCCGUAAAACAAGGUGGUCGUGGAGAAUUUCAUCACAUUGCCAUGUUCACUCUUCAGCCUAAAACUGAACUGAGCAGCGUACGACACCUGACAUCAGGAAACUGGGAAGUCACCUGUAUCCUGGGGUAUGAUGAAGUCCAUCAGAAGAUAUAUUUUCUGAGUACAGAAGAUUCUCCAAGAGGAAGACAGUUGUACAGCGUUCACACUGUGGGAGCAUUUCACCGACAGUGCCUGUCGUGCAACUUCAAGCAGGAUAGCUGCACCUACUUCAGUGCUGACUUCAGUCCGAGUAACCAGCAUUUCAUCCUGCAUUGUGAAGGCCCUGAUAUACCCAUGGUGUCUGUUCAUAGCACAAGCGAUCCAAAUGACUCCUACAUAUUGGAAACCAAUACUGUUCUUAGGGAAGUUAUUAGAGGGAAAAGGAUUCACCAACCAGAAUACAGAACUCUUCGUAUUGCUGAAUAUGACCUCAACCUGCAGAUAUCUUAUCCUGAGGGACUUGAAGAAAACAAUCUAUAUCCACUUCUGCUGAUUGUUGAUGGAACCCCGGGGAACCAGCUGGUUACAGAUAGGUUUUGGAUUGACUGGGAUUCAGUACUUGUCAGCUCUGAUAAUGUCAUUCUUGCCCGUUUUGAUGGCCGGGGGAGUGGUUUUCAAGGACUUAAUAUUCUGCAAGCAAUUCAUCAAAACCUGGGAACCGUGGAAGUGUCUGACCAAAUAACUGCAGUGAAAUAUUUGCUGAAACUACCAUUUAUUGAUCAAAACAGAAUAGGUGUUUAUGGGAAGGGGUAUGGAGGCUACGUAACAUCCAGGAUUCUUAGUUCCAAUGAGAAACUCUUCAAAUGUGGAAUCGUCGUGGCACCAGUCACUGACUGGAAACUGUACGCUUCAGCAUUCUCAGAGAGAUACCUUGGAUUACCAUCAAGAGAUGAACAGUAUCGAACAUAUAGAGUGCUCCACCAAGCUGAAGGAAUGAAAGUAGACAAUUUUCUGCUAAUACAUGGGACUGCUGAUGCCGAUGUACAUUUUCAACACACAGCGGAGUUGAUUCAACACCUGAUGAAAACUGAAGCAAACUACACUUUGCAGAUAUACCCAGAUGAAGGCCAUUUUAUUACGUCAGACAAAAGCAAGCACCAUAUGUACAGUUCAAUCCUCAAUUUUUUCAGAGAGUGCUUCAAGCUAGAUGUAUCUGUAUUACAGAAAGAGCCAGAAGAUGAUGAUUAGAAUGAAAAACUAUUAAAAAAAUAAACAUAAGGAUACUCAAUCUUGAUAAAGACAAAGCUAGUAGUCUGGAACCCUCAGAACCCAGCAUUAGACACCACUAUUUGUGGAAGAAGUACCAGGGCAGCUACAACAAAAUCUACAGGAACAGCACAUUUGAGAUUAUGAAUCUGAAGACUGGCAACGAGGACUGAGAAUUCAUUAGCCAGCAACAUGAUUCUUUUCAAAGGAACAGUACAUCUGUUUUGAAAUUAUGUCGGCCUGUUAGUACUUUACAAAGAAAAUCCAGUUGUGCAUAUGAUCACCUACACUGCUUUGUGCAUGUGUGUUUUAUUUGGCUUCUCUAUUGUAUAAGUUAAUACUUGUUGAAAUAUGAAGACAUUCAAAGUGCGUGCACUUUUUAAUUUUUUAUUGUCAUUUGCACAAAAAAAUGACAUUUUAUGAUGUAUGUCUUUUA